AGGCGCAGUAUGUAGGUCGGAAUCACGGCCUGACAGCAGCUCCGCACUCCAUUGGCUGACGACGCAUCCUUUACCUGUAGGAAGGUGUGCCAGCCAGCAGGAUGAACAUUUUUUUCCUUUGAUCAACUUCAGGACACUUCAGGGAUUUGAAUCCAUCCAUGCUCCCAAGAUCAUGGAGCCCGUAACGUCUUGGAGCACCGAGAGAGUUAGCGGGUGGCUCAAAGGUCUAGAUGCUCCUUUACAGCAGUACCCUUUCUCUGAAUGGCAGCUCUCUGGCUCAGAUCUGCUACAGCUCUCCUAUUCCAGGCUGGAGAAACUCGGAGUGCACAAAAUCGGACAUCAGGACCUCAUAUUGGAAGCUGUGGAAAAACUCUGUGGUUUGACAUACAGUGCUGGUGGUGACAGCCUGCGCAGUUUGACAGAGAAACUGCAUGCAGUGGCACACACUCUGCAGAUGAGCAUACAGGGCCGUUGGCAUGUUAAUACCUGUGAUGGACAGAGCGCCACCGAGCUGCCACAACAGGUACUGCAGGCGGUGGUGGAUGUGAUUACAGCAGCCAGGGGAAUUAUUUCUCAGCUAAACAGAUAUCAGUUUGCACAGCAGACUGGAUAUCCAGCAAAUGAGAAACUCAUCGUUCUAUGUAAAGAUCUGGACACCACAGUGCAUAACGAAACUGCUGUAUUCGAAAAGGAGAAGGACGUCAUCUCUUUAUGUCGUCAGUUGCAAUCAGUAUGUGAUGAGAUUUUGACUGUCAGUCCAGUGUCUCUUCUUACCCAUACUGCACAGCUGGAAAGUGUUGACCUGGUCCCAAUCUCACCAGGAGACCACGUGGGAAUUGAGAUCACCACCACAGGAUCCAGAAAUCAUUUUGUCUCUGGAACAGCAUCUGAGUCUCCCACAGAGUUCUGUGAGAAGAUUUUAGAAGGAGAUGAGGUCAUUGAGGUCAACGGCCAGAUAGUGGUUGGCUGGAGCAGAACAAACCUUGUUCAAAAACUUGAGGAGAAUCCAAAUGGAGUAACUCUGGUUCUAAGAAAGGUUCCAGGGUUCCUGAAACAGAAAGAGAGCCGAGCCAAAUCUGAGAGGGAGGAAGAAGAGGAUAAAGAGAAAGCCAGACAUUCUCUUUUAGGGAGGGUAGCUGCCUCUGUCCGUUCUCUGUCCUUCAGAUCAGGACCAGACGCCACACAUCAUUUCAGACGGGAUAAAUCAGCACUCUCUAAAGAUCAAAGCUCUAAUGGACAGCAGUCAAACACCUUAAAACGGCCAACGCCAGGGAUAGACUCUCAGCGUGCAAGCCAGGACAGUUUGGAAUUGGGCUCCUCCGCAGGAAGGAGGAGUCCAUCCCCACAAGGGGUGGAGCUCAACAGAGGCAGCACCAGCUCCCUUCCUGAUAUGGCUGGACUAACUGAAGAAAUGGAGAACAAGAAGAUCUCUACUAAAGGAACGCGAACAGCGAUGAGCCGCAGGAGGGUGUCCUGUCGAGAGCUUGGCCGUCCAGACUGUGAUGGUUGGCUCUGGAAGAAGAGAAAAGAAACAAAUGUCUUCAUAACUCAGAAAUGGCAGAGAUUCUGGUUUGUCCUAAAAGGUCCAACACUGUAUUGGUAUACCAGUCAACAGGAGGAGAAGGCUGAGGGGUUACUCAAGAUCAGCAGCUACAGCAUUGAGAGUGCAGGAGAACACAAGAGGAAGUAUGUAUUUCAAAUGUGUCACCAACGUUUUCACAAUUUCUUCUUCGCUGCUGAUAAUGUAACUGACAUGAGCAAAUGGAUUAACUGUUUAAUCAUAGCCAUUCAGAAACACAAGAAAUAUGUCCAAAGUCAAGACAAGGAAGAAGACUGUUACAGUGAAACAGAAUCGGAGGAGGAAACUUCUCGUUCACCUCUCCCUCACCACAAGAAACUAGUUAAAAAAACUCAAACUCAAUCAAACACGCUCCCUCGAACAAAGGGUAAGAAGACACCAGCUUCAGAGCCAUUUACUAUUUCACAAGCAGGGGGCAGUAAAGUUGCAGGAAGUGUAGAUGAGAUGGAUGAAAUGUUUCAUAGCCUAAAAAAAGGAGGAGUGUCUCUGAUUGGUCAGAAUCAGCCAGUGACUCAUGACCAGCUCAGAAAAUCCUUCAUCAAACGCAACAAAAACCCUGUCAUCAAUGAGAAAAUACACACACUUCGUGCUCUCCAGAGCACACUCAAGGCGAAGGAGGCGGAGUUGCACCUUAUUAACAAGAUCCUUGAUGAUUCCAAGUUUUCGCCACAGAAGUUCCGUGAGUGGAAGGAGUUUAAUGAAGAGCUGCUUCAGGAUAUUGAAAACCUGGCACAUGUGAGAGUGAAGAAACAGAUAGCCUCACCCAGAACAGAGUCAGUUUCCACAGGUGACGAUGAGGCAAGUAGACCGAGCCUGAGUGAUGGAGAACAGCUGGUAGAUGCGGAGCUUACUGAUGAUGGAGCCACCACCCCUACAGAUGCAACUGUGCAGAUGCAGACACAUACUACUGGCAUGGGUGAUGCCGCACCCACAGAGAGCUACUUUUACAUAUGAAACACAAGCACAAACUGUCGUAAUACAUCAGUCUCCCUGACAAAUCAGAGCCAAAAUCUGUCAAAUCUUGUCAGUCCUGUACUGUGUUAAAACAGCUUAGAGAAAUGAAAAUCUAAAUGUCUGGACCUGAUUUGCAGCAAAUCUAGGACUGGCUGUGUCACCAUUACUGCUUUCAAAAAUGACUGUUGAACAUUCAAAUAGACAAUCACUGAAUCUAUGAUGCACUACAAAUCAAACUUUAAGCACUUGUUAAAGGUGGGUUUUCGUAUGUUCACACUGAGCUCAAGAGAUAGACAUGAAAGUAUUGCUUUAUUAAUUAUCUAUUUCAGUAACACUUUACAAUAAAGUUUUAUUUUUUAACAUUAUUUAACAUGAACAAUACUUUUCUAGCAUUUAUUAAUCUGGGUUAAUUAAUAUUAAUAUCAUCAUAAAGUGAUAAAAUUUUUAAAUCAAAGGUUGUUAACAUUAGUUAACGCACUAUGAACUAACAAUGAACAAUUGUAUUUUUAUUAACUAGCAUUAAUAAAGAAUAAUAAAUGUUUCAAUUCAUUGUUAGUUCGUGAUACCUAAUGCAUUGACUAAUGUUAACAAAUGGAACCUUAUUAUAUAGUGUUACCAUCUAUCCUUUUUAUUAUAAAGGUAUGUAGUGUAUGCAUCUGUAUGGAAAUACAGAUCCUGAAAGCAACCAAAAAUAUUUUUUUACAGUAAAAAGAUACCUCAUUUUGCAUGGAUAGUAUAUAUUAAAUGCCCGGCAAUAUUCAUUUUCCCAGACGUACCACACAAUGACGCCAUGUGUUUUGUUCACGAGGUGUAGCAUUCCUGUCCACAAGUUCCUUUCUAGUUUUGCAGUGUUUUUAUUCCAAGUGUGUAUAUUCAUCCAUAUAAUGGCUGACUUUAUAUGUGCAGAUGCAUCAGACCUCUCUUAUCCUGAUGGAUGCAAUGUGUGAUUUAUUUUAUCUUCCCAUGUUUUUUCUAAAUUAUUUGAUUUCUGUUGAAGUUUUAAAGACUUCAUUUUCCACAAUUGGAGGUACAAAUGAAAUAAAAUAAUGUUUAAAGUGCAUUCAAGAAAACUAUUUUAGAUUACUCUACUUAUAGAGGUAAACUCAUAUCUAGAGAGAGCACAGAGAGUGUUACAUUAUUUUUGUGUAUGUGUGUGCACACGUGCAAUUGUUUCAUCUUGCUUCAGAAAAACUUCCAUAAUAAUUUAUUUACAUUUUGAUUUGUUUUGUUCACACGCUGUAUGUACAGUGUAUACAUAGGUGUUAAAGUAGAAUUAUCAAGUCCAAAGAAAUUUGAAUGGUUUUAUUAAUAAAACAGUUAGAGAGAGACAUCUAGAAUGGAAUUUGUUAUUUGCCAUAUUAUAUAUAUAUAUAUAUAUAUAUCAUGUAUAUAGAGUGUAAAAUUGAUGUAUGAUUUAUGCAGAGUCAAAGCCUCACCAUCUCACCAUGCCUGUCCUUAUACAGUUUGGUUAAUUGAUCAUUAAAUAGUGUUUGCAAAAAGCCUAAUUUGUUUAGUCAUACACCGUACAGACUAAGCAAAAAAUCUACUGUUAAACUGCAACACAAUGUUUAAUGUUUUCCUAAUGGCAUAUAUACUGUAUCUGCUUCACAUCUGUUUUCAUGGAUUUUUAUGUUUAUUUUUUAAUUUAUAUUUUUUCUUUUCUCUUUUUUUAGAUACCUGCGAAAAAUAAUCUGUCAGUUGUUCUACUUGAAUGGUUGUCUAAUUCUGCAUUUGUUCAGUCUAAAACAUAUGUUCAGGUGUUAAAAGAUAAACUUUGUCCUUCAUCAGAAAUGGUGUUGAU